CUGAGCGGUCUGUUCUUCACCUCCCUCAGUUUAAGUGUUUCUUCAGGCACACUUGUUGUUACCCAGAGUCCUGAUAUCUCUGUCAUGGAGGGGGAGAGAGUGAACAUCACCUGCUGCGGGACAUGGGGGUUUGAAAGAAUGAGAAUUAGUUGGCUGAAAAAUCAAACAGAAAUAAAGACGGAGACAUUUGAGUCGAAGAAUUACUCUCAAGGAUCUCUGAGAAAGGAGACAUCUGGCUGCUCAGACUUGAUCUUUACUAAUAUCAAAAGAGAGGAUGCAGGGAGAUACACCUGCAGGAUGACUGUGGAGAUACCACUUUUAAAAGAGGCUGAAGGAAAUGGCACUGUCAUCACAGUUACAGACAGAGACAGAUCAAAGAUUAACCCAGCAGCAGGUACAGACAGAGACACAACAAAGAUAAACUUAGCAGGAGUCACAGAAAGUGACAGAUCAAAGAUCAACUCAGCAGGAGGUACAGACAGAGACACAACAAAGAUCAACUCAGCAGGAGUCGCAGACAGAGACGUCACAAUUAUCAACACUUCAGGAGAUUCUCACAGGAAGGAAGUGUUUAUGUUUGCCCUGAGGUGCCUGCCCAUCCUUGCCCUUGUCAUAACCUUCUUCUACCUCUACAAGUUAGGGAGCAGAGCUCAGCAACACAUACCAGAUGAUCCUGGAAAUAAAGCCCAAAGAAUGGAAGAAGACCAAGAAGAAGAGGAAACAGACGAGAGAGAAACAGAAGCAGAAAGUAGAUGAAGAAAACCAUAGACUGUCUUAUUAGGUGGGUUUCCAUCCACCUGUUUUUUUGCACAUUUUGAAUUUGCACAUAACCCUUGGGGGAAGUGGAAAAGUUGGUGCAUCAAUUUUCUAAAGUGCAAUGUAGACAGACUCAGAAAAUAAAUGAUGUACAUGAAGCAUGUGACUUAAACAUUCACUGAAGCUUCUUCCCCUCUGGAAAACAGAUCUGUGUGGAACAAUGAAGAGACUGUAACCUUCCUCACAUUAAUAUAUCAAACUAACACGGCUGCUAUAUUUCCAUCAUGUUUUCUACGUUGUUUGAGGUUUGACUGAAGCUCUUCUAAUUGCCUUGUCUUGUUGUGCCCUUUUCUACAAUGGUACGAUGGCACCUGAAUGGAGCUGUAGUGCCACCUACUGCUCAUCUGAUGAACCAACACCUACUUUCUGCAUAAAAGCAGUGGAUGGAAACAUGAAACCUUUAGGGUGUUUUUUCAUCUUUUUUGCCGAUUUGGAUGGAAACCCGGCUACAGUCUCGAUUGGGAUGAAUUUCCAAAAAACCUACAAACUGUUAUUAAUGCUCUCAUCGCCUUCAGACUGGACUACUAUGGUUCUUUACUUUUUGACAUCAGCCUCUCUAUUCUGUUUAAAGCUCAUUCAAAAUGUGGCUGAGGUAUCUGAAAGGAAAGAACAGAGGUUGUGGUUUGGCACAGCUCAGCAAAAGAAUUUCUGAGAAAUACAAAAAUAAAGAUGUAUGAAACCUG